AUGAAGUUCAGGGCGGAGCUGCGGAACAUCCGGACGUUUACAAAACUGGUCGCCGCCCUCAGUGCUCUCGACAAGAUCGUCUGGGUCCACCUGGAAGAUGAUCUGGUCCGCUUUAUUGUGAUCCCGGACCGGGGGUCACAGGUCUGGUCGACGUUUGCGCGCGACUUCUUCUUUGACCCGGACGCCCAUUUCUUGCUGCAAUCGCUCAACGCCGGCAACGCCAUCGACCUCGAGAUUACGCUCGCGUCCCUGCAGCGCGCCCUGCGGUCGGCGCUCAACAGCACUGACGCCGUGCUGCGGCUCACCAAGCGCGACAAUGUGCCGACGCUGUCCAUGACGAUCCAUACCGUGACCAACCCGCGCGGGCUCGGCGCCUUUGGGUUUGGGCCGAUUGGCCAGGGCGGCGGCGGCGGCGGCGGUGCGUCUGGUGCACACCAGCGUUUCCGGGAGAGCACGUUUGGCAGCACCUUUGACGACGCCGCCGCCAGCGGGCGCGACGAGACACUGGACCUGCUGGCCAAGCGCGAGCGCGAAAAGGUCGUGGUGCAGGACAUGCCGGUGCGGGUGAUUUCGCCGCAGGCCAUGAACAACGUCAUCGAACCCGCGGUGCCCGAGUCCGACGUCAACAUUGUGCUGCCGCCGCUCCUGCAGCUCAAGGCCGUCUCGGACCGCUUCACGAAGCUGGCACACACGACAUCGGGCGGCGGCGGCGGCGGCGGCAGCAGCAGUGGUCUUGGGCUGGCGCCUGUCGCAUUCUCGUCUACGGCUGGUGGUGGUGGUGGGGGCAUGAGCAACAACACCGGCGGCGGCGGCGGUGCCGGACCGAAACUGGAGAUCAGCGCCAACAUGUACGGCAUGCUGCGGCUGCGGCUUGUGACGGACACGCUCAGCGUCGAGACGGUGUGGAACGACCUCGAAAACCCGCGGAUGAACGAGGACGCCCUGCCGGUGCCGCUCGAAGAGCACCCCAGCACACGGUACCGCGAGGCCGGGCCGGACAAGUUUGCGACGGUGCGCGUGGACGGCCGCGACUGGAGCCGGGUGCUGAGCGUGGGCCGCCUGGACGGGCGCGUGAUUGCGUGCGUGGUGGACGGCACGGCGCUGAUCCUGCACGUGUACGUGUCACAGCCAGACGACCCAGACGACCCAGACGAGGCGAGCUCGAUUACGUACUACGUGUCGUCGUACAGCACAUGA